AUGAAUCCUUAAAUUGAUUAUUAAUAAAGUAUAAUAAAUGAUAUAUCAAAUAUUUAUUAUUUAAUUGAUAAAUUUGUUAAAUAAAAAACUAAAUAGUUUUGCGAUAAAUAUUCCACAUUUAAAAAAAGAGAUAAUGAAUUAAUAUAUUAGGAAGCUUUGCAUUUAGAUUACCACAUGUAUAAGGUGAGGAGAUGGCAUUAGAUAAAGCAAAAAGUGUUCUAUUUUAUCCAAAAUAAAAAUUUUUUGAAUAAAGCUAAUCUACGAUAUAGAGUUUAUAUAGAAAUUUGAAUAUAAAUUAGGUAGAGAUAGAAACACUGACUCCAACAAUUAAAAUUAAUUAUCAUUAGAUUGCUUAAUUAUGUGGAGGAAUAGAGACUCAAGUAUUAUAACAGACUUAAAAAGUAAAUGAUAAAUCAAUUGUAUCAACUAAAUAGACGGGAGUUGAUAGAUCUUUAUAUUUAAGCAAUAAUGGAAGGAGCAUUCUAAACUUUAAUUUAAAAAAUAAAACAAAAAAAUAAAUUGAGGUUGAUUCAGGAUAUUUUGGAAAGAUUUUAAGAUUUGAUUCUACAUUUACAUUUGAACCAUUUUUGAAAUCUAAAAAGUUCAAUCACAAAUUAAAGAGGGUUCAUAAACAAAAAAGAUUGUUAGAAAUUUGAUUGAAAAAGAAUUAUAAACAAGAGGACAAAUGAAAAUUUUUUAAAUGAUUAAGAAUUAAAUCUAAUAAUAAUAGGAAAGUAAAUAAUUUGUAUUAAAUUGAUUAUUCAAUAGAAUAGAGUAGAGUUAAUUGAUGUAAUCAAAAAAGGCAGCCUUUGAGAUAUUUAGUGAAAACUCUUAAUAGAAAAUGAUGUAAACUCCAACAACAAGAAUUGGAAAAUUAGAACAGUAUUAGAUAUAUAAAUUUUGAUUAGUAUUCCCAUUAUGCCUGAAUAGCUAAAAACCAAGACUUUUCUAAAUUAAUAAAGAAUCCUGCAGCUCUAAUAAUUUAAUAAUUUAUAAAACUAUAGAAUGCAAAGAUACAUUUUCCACCAAAAUUGGAUAAAUUUGCUAGACUUUUGGUAGCUCCAAUUUCAGGAAUGA